AUGGCACCACCAGCAACGCAGUUCGAGCUCGCGCAACCUCCCAACGACGCCAUCUCGGCGCUCGCAUUCUCGCCCGACUCGCCGUCGCGCCUGCUAGCCUCGUCCUGGGACAAGAACGUCUAUCUGUACGACACGCUACGGAACAGCGAGGAAGGGGCCCACGGGACCUUGUUGCGAACAUUCGAGCACCGCGCGCCGGUGCUAGACGUGUGCUUCGGGCGCGAUGGCAACGAGGCCUUCAGCGCCGGCAUGGACUGGCAGGUCCGGCGCAUCGACCUCGAAAGCGGCGAGCAGACCACCCUGAGCAAGCACGCCGCUCCCGUGCGGAGGGUCGUGUAUAGCAAAGAACACUCUCUCCUCAUAUCCGCCUCCUGGGACAGCACGCUGCACGUGCACGACCCAACGAACCCGUCCCUCGGCCCCCUCGCCAUCCCCCUCCCCGGCAAGCCGCACGCCAUAGCCGCCAGCCCGUCCAAGCUCGUCGUGGCCAUGACCUCGCGCCUCGUGCACAUCUACGACCUGUCCGCGCUCUCCGCCUCCCUAUCCUCCCACCCAGACCAGCAGCAGCAGCAGCCUCCUCAACCCUGGCAGCAGCGCGAGUCCUCCCUCAAGUUCCUCACCCGCGCCGUCGCCGCCAUGCCCUCCGACGCCGGCUACGCCACCUCCUCCAUCGAGGGCCGCGUCGCCGUCGAGUGGUUCGACGCGAGCGCCGAGUCGCAGGCGCGCAAGUACGCAUUCAAAUGCCACCGGACGGCCCAACCACAAACCGACGGCGGCGGUAGCACCGCCACCACGGACGUCGUAUACCCCGUCAACGCCCUAGCCUUCCACCCCGUCCACGGCAGCACCUUCGCCAGCGGCGGCGGCGACGCCACCGUCGCCCUCUGGGACGCCGAGGCCAAGCGCCGCAUGAAGGUGUACCAGAAGUUCGCCGACAGCGUCGCCGCCCUGGCCUUCAGCCCCGACGGCCGCUACCUCGCCGUCGGCGUGUGCCCCGGCUUCGAGACCGGCAUGGAGGACUACAGCGGCGAGGGCCGCACCAAGAUCUUCGUCCGCGAGCUCGGCGAGAACGAGGCCUUGCCCAAGGGCAAAGGGAAGUAG